AUGGGGAGGUCACCAUGUUGUGAUAAAGAUGGAGUGAAAAAGGGAGCUUGGACUCCUGAAGAAGAUGAACUCUUAGUUCAGUACAUCAAGAAGCAUGGCUGUGGUAGUUGGCGGACACUACCCAAGAAUGCAGGUCUCCUUCGAUGUGGAAAAAGUUGUCGGCUUCGGUGGAUAAACUAUCUUCGCCCAGACAUCAAGCGUGGCCCUUUUACAAGUGAAGAAGAAGGUAAAAUCAUUCAGCUGCAUGGCAUGCUCGGCAACAGGUGGGCUGCUAUAGCAUCUCAUUUACCUGGGAGAACAGACAAUGAAAUUAAGAACUACUGGAACACACAUCUGAAGAAGCGCUUCCUUCACUCAUCAGGUCAUUCUCUGGAGGCACAAGAGCCCUCUUUUAAAGGUCCUCAUCAUCGGAGUGAUAUGAAGUCUGAAUCUUCUUCUGUACGUCAUGUAAUCCAGUGGGAAAAGGCCAGAGUUGAGGCAGAGAAAAGGCUGUCAAUGGAAUUGGAAUCCUCAUGUGUUAAUCAUUUUUCUAAAUCUAGCACACAUUCUGAUUGCUUUCUUCGACUUUGGCAUUCUGAGGUGGGGCAAUCGUUUCGCAUGAUCACAGAAAAGAAAGCGGAAAGCGAAAGCCCUACCUCGCAAGUAAGCAGUGUCUUUGCCAACAUGGCUCAAGAACAACUAAGCAGCCUCAAUCCAAAGCUUGAAGAUGGCACAGCUGGGUCAGACUCAGGUUCUCAUGACUUUCUUGAUGCCUCUGAUUCUGCAUUAAAGCUCCUGCUAGAUAUACCUGGUGACAAUGUCGGGUUCUUUGAAGGAUUGGAACAGACUGAGAAUUUCCAGGGUCCUCUGCAUGAUAGAUAUGACUAA